UGAGGAGGAGAGGCUGACGUAGGUCCAGGUGGAGGUUCUGUUCACAUCCCGGCUCAUGUGACGGGAGGUCAACGCUCAGGAAUACUCCAACUCCCAUCAGCCUCGGGGGCAGAGGCAGUGGAACGGCUCUGCGGCUCAAAUCUCAUUUCCACCGUGGAAAUCAGAUCCUGCUGCAGCAGAGCCAUUAAUCAGGAGGUUAACAGCUGAUCAUCAGCAGCAGGCUGAGCCGUUAGAGCACCAGGGGCGGCUCUAACAGGACCGCUGCCCUGGGCAAGAACCCCCUCCUGCCCCUCAAACUAUGAAUGAAACCAGUUAUCAGAUUUUAUUUAUUUAUUUUUAUUUUAGCAGGAAACAGAGGAAACUAACUCCUCUCCAUGUUGGGCCAAAAACAUUCAGAGAAGAUAUGUUUUAGAAAUCGAUUAUUCUGAUGAUUGUUUGGAUUAAACUGGCAGAUUUUUAAUUCAGUCUCUCAAGUUUUUUUUUAUUCAAUAUUAGAAAUACAUUAAGAGAUAAAAGCAAAUAAAUAAUAAGGAAAAUAAAUGUUUAUAUCAAUGCCUUUCCUUUACUGAAUUUAAACUGGGUGAACACAAAACAGCAACCCAAGGAGAUUUGAAAGUUGUUUUAUCUUAAAUGUGAAAUGUGUAUUUUGUUUUGCUUUGGCUCUGAAGGUUUACUUUUUACAGCAAAUUGUAUUUUUUUAAUCUGUAUACUUCUAAAUCAUAAUUAAGCUAUUAUUUCAGUACUAAUAAUAAUAGUUUCAGACCUAAUUUUGUAGUCUAGUUGUUGAGCGCCCUCCUCUCUGUGCCGCCCUGGGCAGCUGCCCUCAUCCUGGGUUUCCAGAAUCAGAGGAAGUGGAGCGCUGUGCUGUGCGGUGCGGUUCACCAUGGUUCAUGUCUUUCCCGCCUGCAGUGAGCUGAAGACGCGCAUCGAGAAGGAGGACACGAAACGGGAGCUGCUGGGCUCAGAGAGGAACGUCUCCGACUCGCUCUGCAUCCGCUGCCUGCAGCCCUUCAAGUUCCUGGUCAACAGCAAGAGGCAGUGCCUGGACUGCCGCAUGUUCACCUGCAAGUCCUGCAGCCGCUACAACAAGAAGGAGCACGGCUGGGUGUGUGACAACUGCCGCAUGACCAGGGUGCUGAAGAUGGGGACUCUGGGCUGGUAUCAUGACAACGUGAGGAACCGCUUCAAACGCUUUGGCAGUGCCAAGGUGAUGCGAUCUUUGUACAAGCGCCUGAAUGGAGACGGUGGUCGUGAUGACGACACCCAGAGCAUGCCGGAUGUCCACAGCCAUGGAUACAACGGCACCGAGGAUGAUCCUGGAGAGGGCGAGGCUCAGAGCUACAAAGUGAUGAGGAAGAAUAAACGUCUGCUGUCGGUUCAUCCCAUGGACUUUGACUCAGAGGACUACCUUCCUCAUUCACGGCGACCUUCUGUGCAGCAGAUGCAGGAUGAUCGGUAUUACCGGAAUGACGGGGACUACGACUACUACACUCACCGAGGGAACCGCAGAAAGAGUCUGGACCGUUACGCCAUGAGACCCGAUGACUAUGCAGACAACCGGAUGGUCCGAACCCGCUCUCUAUCAAAGAUCAGCUCAUCGGUGGCUAGGCAGCAGUAUGUUGACACCUCAGAUGAGGAAGAGUACCAGAGGCAUCCCCCUGUUCACCAGCAACCCCACCACCGCAGAAAGAACAGCAGAGCCUCUUCCCAGGAGAACCUGGGCCAAGCCCCGCCUAUCAACGAACUGAACAAGCGGAUGUUCGCCAUUGAGAGCCUGCUGAGCCGUCUGGAGGAGAAGAUGACUCCUGCUGAUGAGGCCUUGACUUCAUCAGCUCCAAAUGAGGAGGAGAAGCUCAGGAGGAAGCUGAGUGAGCUGGCAGGAAACCUGAGCGAUAAAGGCCUGUCGUCAGAUGAAGAGGCUGGGAAAAAGGUUUUUCCUGGGACUAAAGGGUCUUCUGGCAUCAGGGGAGGACCAGUGGUCCCUCCGGUCUCCCUGAAGGACAAGGAGCUGAGCUCGUCCAGCGAUGAGAUGCCAACAGAGGCUCAAAAGAGAUCCACUGCUGCCGCCCUCUGUGACCUCACCACUGAGGUCCUGAGAACCAUUAACGCCACAGAAAACGCAAUGGUCGAGUACGGCCUCGCAGAGCCGAUCGACAGGUCCCCCUUAGUUGGCUCUGACGUAAAGCAGGCCGAUGAUGCUUUCAGGGAACUUGAGGAAAAUGUGUAUAUCACGGCCGGACGGUCGUAUGAGCUGGAGUCUAAGCUGCGGCGACUCGAACAAAGUGCCAAGAACCGUUUUGGAGGGACGACGGACUCUGAGCUGUCGGAGCUGGAGGAUGUGGUGGCGCUGACUGCUGCCAGAGUACAGAGCGCCGAGAGCGAGGUGUCAGACAUUGAGAGUAAAAUCGCAGCUCUGAGCGCCAAGAAAAAGAGAGUAACGGCACUCCUUGGAGAUCCAGCAAUAUGUUCUGAACCAGGCCCGGUUUCAGGAUGUAGUUCACUCCUCUUCCUCCUGCUCUUCAGCCUCCUUCAUCAAUGUUCACGGACUGGAACCGGGACACACAACAAAUCAGUCCCUGAGGAACAUCAUGGAGUUCAGAGAACCUGCAGAUGGAGUUUAAACCUGAAGGGUUGGAUUUUUGGGUUGGUUUAUUCUGUUCUUUACUCCUGAUAAACCACCAAAAAGGUCCAACAGAAACAGAGGAUCCUACUGAGAUUCAAGGAAUGAUCCCUUCAGGAUUCUGUCUGCAUCUGAUUGGUUCUGAGUUCCAGAAGAUUCUUCAACAUUACUAUUGGCACAUAGCUGGGAAAAGUAUCUCACCCCAUAAUAGAUUUCUUCUUCUUUUAUUUUUAAAACAUAAAGUCGGAUUUUAAAUCAUGAUUUCACUUAUUUUAUCAAUUCAAUCGACUCUGAGUGGAAAAGUAAUCACACCCCCUGGUGACAUUAUUUAAAUUAACUCUUUAAUCACAGUUUGUUCAGUAGUCCAGCCACACCGGAUUCCCGUUCCCUCUCCACUCUGAUGAUAAUGACGAUGAUGAUGUGUUUAGCUUCUGUUCAAUAAACAACAUAAACAACUCA